AGACAGCCCCAGCCAAGAAGAUGGAAGCCACGCUGGGCUACUGGAAUAUCCGAGGGUUGGGUCAUUCCAUUAGACUGCUCUUAGAGUAUACCAAGACCACCUAUAAAGAGAAACGGUAUGUUCUUGGUAGAAAAGUGCAAAAGAAUGAACUGAAAUCAAAAAAUACUCCAAAGCAAGUAGGAAUGUUUGGCAUUGUUCCUAAUAUGGAUAUGACUGAAUGGACAAGUGUGAAGGAGAAGCUGGACUUGGACUUCCCAAAUCUCCCCUAUCUUAUUGAUGGUGACCAAAAGAUUUCCCAAAGCAAAGCCAUCCUGCGAUACAUUGCACGCAAGCACAAGAUGUGUGGUGAGAGUGAAGAAGAAACGAUCAGGAUGGACAUGUUUGAGAACCACCUCAUGGAUUUCCGUAUGAGCUUUGCAAAAUGGUGUUACAGUCCAGAUUUUGAAAAACUAAAGCCUGACUAUUUGGAAUUACUACCUGGGAAACUCAAGCUGCUCUCUCAAUUUCUGGGAGACAGGCAGUGGUUUGAAGACAGAAAGCUCACCUACAUAGAUUUCAUUGCUUAUGAUGCGUUAGAUAUACAUCAAAUGCUGGACCCAAAAUGCUUGGAUCAGUUCCCAAAUCUGAAGGAGUUCCUUCAUCGCUUUGAGGCCUUGGAGAUGAUUGCUCCCUACCUGGAAUCAAGUCGCUGCAUCAGAAGGCCCAUCUUUUGGAGUUGUGCCACGUGGGGCGGCAACAAAAUCUAG